AUGGCAAAUAUAUUUACGAAGUCUCAGGUGCAUCACCGUCACCAUCAGACAAUUAAGUCUGCUAAAGAAGCAGAAAAUUCAAAGAUAAACCACCAAGACCCUCCUAAACAUGCAAGGAGGUCAUCAAGACCAUUCUUGGGUGUGUUAGAAGAUGGCGUCCCAAAUAGACGUAAAAGUAUUGAUCAAAUGAGAAGAGAAAAGGAUGCUUCAUUUGAAUCUAUUCAGAGUUUUAUCUUAGGCCAAGAUAUGGAUUCAAGUAGAAAGAAUUCCUUGAUAUCUUUAUGCGGUCAAUUUAGUCCCAAUGGGGGAUCCAGACAUUGGAGUAUAGAUUCUGGGACAUCUUUAGUAUCAAACAGUAACCAAUCAAUGGCUGAUUUGAAAAAAUUCUUUAAAAGUCCACACCGUACCUCAUCUGACAAGUCAAUCAGUAGUUCAGGUGAUCCAGUAAGCCCGAUCCUACAUGGUCAUCCUUUAGAAGGUGUCACGUUGAAGUAUGACGGUGAGUAUAAAGCUGAAUUUAACCUCAAUUCAGCAGAUGACAGUGGGCACUACCUUGAUGCAAGUGAAACUGCAACUUCAACGUUUCAUAAAGAUAUCAUAUAUCAGGAUGAUGCCAUGCUUGCUGAAAAGUAUGGUAUAUUCGGUAAAGAAUUGGGAUCUGGUGCCGGUGGUUCCGUCAAAGUAAUUACUAGACCAAGUGAUAAUGAAGUGUUUGCUGUCAAGCAAUUUAGAGACAAAAAACCAAAUGAAUCUAUGGGUUCUUACUCGAGAAAAUGUAUGUCAGAAUAUUUAAUUGGUUCUACUCUACUGCAUCCAAACAUCGUUGAAACAUUAGAUAUAUUUUCUGAUCCAAAGAAUAAUAAAUUCUUUCAAGUCAUGGAAUUUUGUCCUGUUGAUUUCUUUGCUGUCGUUACCAGUGGUUCGAUGUCUCGUGGUGAAGUUAACUGUUGUAUGAGACAGAUGGCGGAGGGUGUCAAAUAUCUACAUGAUAAAGGUUUAGCUCAUAGAGACUUAAAGCUUGAUAAUACUAUGAUGACCGAGGAUGGUAUUGUCAAGAUCAUUGAUUUCGGUUCAGCAACAAUAUUUAAAUACCCAUUUGCAAAAAAUACGAUUAUGGCUCAUGGAAUUGUAGGUAGUGAUCCUUAUUUAGCCCCUGAGGUUUUAACUUCAAGUUCAUCUUACGAACCUGAAUUUGUUGAUGUUUGGUCGUUGGCUAUAAUAUAUUGUUGUAUCAUUUUGAAAAGAUUCCCAUGGAAAAUUCCUCAUCCAAAAAUGGAUGAGAAUUUUAGGUUAUAUUCUUUACCAGAUGAAAUGGAACAUGAUUAUGUUGAAUCUGCUAAGAUUCAUGAGAGGUUAUUGAAAGAAAGAGCAAUGAAGAAGCAUAGUGAACGUUCAGCACAACUGGAGAUGGAAGUACAUCAUUUCCGAACUCCAAACUAUAAUAAGGCUGAAGAUGGUGUCAAUUCUCCUAUAGAAGCAGAUCCAAAACCAGAUCAUGUAACUUCAUCUGGUAGUAGCAAUACUGUUUAUGAUAAGCCGCCUGCUUAUAGAGAUAAUGCAACCUUGCCGCAUGAGCAUAGUCCAUUGAAUUCUACUGUCAAUUCAUCUCGUAGAAAGUCUGGUUUAGCAAAAGAUGAAACCAAUUCUAGUGACAAUUCAAAAACUUCAACCUCAGGUAGAAGAUUCCAAGGUCCAGCUAA